UCUGGAGCACUUAAAUCUUCACCCACCCACUUACCCCUCGACCGCCCCUAGGCCCGCUGCCAUCCGUCUCCUCUUCUCUUCGUCCUCCCGGUGCUGCAGCGGACGGUGGAACCGGCGACGACGGUGAAAGGCGCCGGAUCCGGUUAGCUGGCACAGGGGUUGUUUGCAGAGACUCCAAACGAAGGGUUAGCAGACGAGAAGCCAUGGAUGACGCUCGCCUUCGGCAGGAGAAGGUCCAGAAAUUUGAGGAGUUCGUCGACCGCCGCUUGAAGCCCGACCUCGUCAAAGCCAUUGCCCAGCGGGACAAGGUCUUCCAGCAGCAGAAGGUGUUCCAAGAUCUCAGGAGGAACAUUGAGAAUUUGGAGAAGAAUGGGGUGACGUCCCUCCGGACCAUGGUGAAUCUUGGGUCUGAAGUCUACAUGCAGGCGGAUGUGCCUGAUACACGCCACAUAUGUGUUGAUAUUGGAUUGGGUUUUCAUGUGGAAUUCACUUGGUCGGAAGCAUUGGACUUCAUUUCAGUGAGGGAAGCAAGGCUAGCAAGGCAAAUAGAUGAGUACACUCACCUUAUUGCAAACAUCAAAGCUCAAAUAAAAUUGUGUGCUUUCAGGUUAGCGAAGGCAUUCGAGAGUUGCUUCAAAUACCAGCGGAAUGAUGUGCAUCAUCUUCAGUUUGAUGGGUCUGUAGCUUUGCUGAUGCUGCAUACAGCAAGAUGGACGAAUCAUUUAUGCAGAAGAUAAUCACAGCUUAGAGUUGCUACACUUUAACCAACACCAUCAUGCAGUUCACUAAUUUUUGUACCUCUAGAUAUUCUAAUUAAAUUACAGCAGAUGUACAAGUUUGAUGGAAGUGUAUCAACAUGCGAUCCUGCUGGCAAUGCAGAAUUUUAGCAGGGCCAUUUUAUAGUCAAACAAAAACAAACAUGUAUUAUAUUUAAUUAGCUUCUAACUAGUGGGACAUAUUUACUGCAUUGGAUGAUAUUUCAGAAGUAAUGUUUUAAGAUCUUAUGUGAUGGCUUUAUGUUUACCA